UAUCAUUCCGCUUUUGCCCACUUUAGGAAGAUACACCGUAACUGACCAAGUGAAGGGCCAAUGCAAAACCGAUGCUGAGGCCUUCUGAUCAAUAGUUCAUGAAUCUGUAAAAGUCAGGAACUUGUAGAACGUUUACCAAGAUACGGUGUAAGCGUUUACGGCCCCUUCGAUACCCUAAAACGCCUCCAUCAAUUAGGUCGUGCCUGCUGCGCAUCGUUCAUCCUCCCUUUACGCUUACCAUGUACAACACUGCGCUUCAUCCUCCCAGUAUUCUGAACGUUUUUCCAACGGAACUACUCAGUCUCGUCAAGGAGUCCAUUCCCCAAGGUGAUCUUAGGACGCAUGUAUGCUUUUACAAAGCAUGUCCUUCGUUUACCGCGCUAUAUGGUGAUGAAACACGGCAAGCGGCAUUUUGGGAAGGGGCCUGCAUACUCGCAGGUUUAGGCUGUUUACCGAAUGAGGCUCCGGAAAACGUGGAUUGGAAGCAUGUCGCUUUUGAGUGUAUCGAGAAGGACGGUUUCUGUGACCAUCCAGCUUGUGGAGGAGCACUUCUAGAUUGGAACGCCGCUCAGAUGAAAAACAUGGAGCUGGAUCACUCUCAGCUCAACUGGAAAGCACUGAUCGAAUGCAUUAUUCUCGACGGCGAAGAAGCAGACUAUUUACGCCCAGAACAUAGUCCUGUCUUUCAGCAUUUCACGUUCACUCCGUAUGUUCCUCACGGUAUUCGCCUACCGAUUGGCGAGGACGUUUAUUUGGAUCGAUUCGAGUGGAAGCAUCAACCCACUCCUGAGUAUCAGCUUCGAUACCAUCCCAUUGCUCAACGUAGCUUUGCAUUGUUUCCAUUGGUCAAGAUCAUGGACUUCAUGACACAUUUUAGCAACACACUUCGACCCACAAACCCUUUGGGCAUCACGGUGAUGGACGUUUUGACUGCGUUGCAUGGCGUUGUUGACACCCAUAUGACCGUGCGACAGCUCAGCGAGACGCUUGAGCUAUUGGAUACGAAGACUGCCUUCCCAAUCUCUACGGAUUAUCUCUUCUUCAUAUUGAAACGACUAGAGACUCCACGAUCGUUCUUGUACUUCUAUCGACCGGAUGGCCUCAACUUUAUAGAUUGGGAAGACAAUGGUCUGGGCCCUUUCUUCGGAUUAGAUCAUCGAGUCGCUCGCGCUCUCACACAGAAAGAGGUUGAGAGGCUUUCUGCAGCCGAGGAGUAAUGUCGUAUCGGAGUGUUCUUACCACUUCAUAACCUACAUUACAUGACGUAUAGUAUACGUGUCGCAAUUAAGCCACUUCUUGAAUUACCGUAUGAUACAGGCCUGCUCUAAAGAAGCCUUAUAGUUGUGAUUGCA